AUGAGCUUCCUCGUCCGUCCUUGGGCCAAAAGGGACCUUCGGGAUGUCAUGAGGCUAGUUAAGGAACUGGCGGUGUCUCACAACGCUCUCCACCAGGUGAAAACCUCGCCGGAAGUUUCCGAAGUGCCUAAAGGGAACCAUUGUGAUGUCUUUGCAGUUCUGCAGCAAGAUGGGUUCAGAGAAGACGCCAUCUUUGGGUAUCUGGUGGCCGAGGUGCCCCCCACACAAAGGAGCAAAGACGGCCACACAAUUGUUGGGUAUCAGUUCCACUACCUGACUUACUGCACCUGGUCCGGCCCAAUCCUCUUCGGCGAAGAUCUCUACGUGAUGCCAGAGUUCAGAGGGAGAGGCAUCGGCACCGCCUUGCUGAACCAGGCAGUUAAGAUUGCGCCGGAAAAAGGCUGUUCCCAGUUCCGGUUCAUCUCAGCCGAGAACCAUCAGGCGGCGACCGAUUUCUUUGCCAAGAAAGGAGCUGUGAACGUCACCAUCAGGGACUCCUGGCACGUCUUCCAUAUGGAAGAGGACCACAUUGUGAGGCUGGCGGAGAAAGCAACAACAGAGCUGGCCCCCGAUUCCCAGCGGAUCUAGGCCCCCUCGCCCCUCCAAUUUCUUGCCCUGGCCCAUCUCAUCUCUCGACUU